GCUAGUCUCUAAUUACACUCCCGGAAGUUGUAGUGUCGAGUUUGUGUUCAUCUCAGCUGAUUGGAAAUUUAAGACAUGAAUGUGCUCGACGAAAAGAGUUACGUUUUGGAUUUGAGUAAAGGCCAGGAGAAUGUACCUGUUGUGGUUGAAAGACGUUCAGAUGUGCUGACAUUUCCUGAAUUCCAGUAUUCCCCAGAUAACGUUCAGGGACCAGGAUGCACCGUUGACCCCAGUGAAGUCACCCUUCCUGGAUGCACCUGCAUUUCCCACUCCUGCCUCACUGAGAGCUGCUCCUGUCUGCAGACCCACAGACAGACAUAUGACAGCACUGGCACGCUGCUGGACCUCAACAGAAGUGGCACCAGUUACUGCUCACCUGUGUUUGAGUGUAAUGCUCUUUGUUCCUGCAGUGACACUUGCUCUAACCGCGUUGUCCAGAGAGGGCUUAGAACUAGGCUGCUGGUUUAUAGCACCAAGAAAAGGGGCUGGGGAGUACGGACACUAGAGCCCAUUGCACGUGGGACGUUUGUGUGUGAGUAUGCAGGAGAGGUGAUCAGCUUUGAGGAGGCCAGACACAGACAGCUUGCUCAGAGGUUUGAGGAAAAUAAUUACAUCAUUGCCAUCAGGGAGUAUGCAGGUACAGACUCCGUCACUGAGACAUUUGUGGAUCCAGCCCUGGUGGGAAACGUAGGCCGCUUUCUCAACCACUCCUGCCUGCCUAACCUCUUCAUGCUGCCAGUGCGAGUGCACUCUGUGGUUCCUAGACUGGCACUGUUUGCUGGACGGGACAUUGAUGCACUAGAGGAGCUGACAUUCGACUACUCAGGAGGAUACAGAAACCAGCCUCCUGUAGAGCUGAUGUCCACACAGAGUAAGGCUGCCACACAGGCCAGUAGGACAGAUGGACUCCAGAGGAAAGCAUGUCACUGUGGUGCUAAGAACUGCACACAGUUUCUCCCACUGGAUUUAUCUAUUAUCAGCUGAUAUAAUAGAAACUAAAAAAUUCAUAUUAUGCUAAAGAAAAGAUGUUGUGUUUUCUCCUGAAUUCUAACCACAUAUGUAGUUGUAUCAUGCUCUGUUUUCAGACUGAAAUCUUGGUUAAAUAAAAAGCUCAUUAGAACAAGACAAUGCAACAAGUUGGUGGCUCCAUAAACGCAAUCAGCUGGAUGAGUCAUUACUGUUCCUGUCAUUGUUUCCUGUUUAGUCCCCCUGUCUUGAUGCUCUCUCCCACUCGGUGUAAGAGGAUCCAAUGAAAAGAAACCACAAGGCAAGAAAAACUAGUUUUAUUUUUCCAAGAGAGUAAACUUGUUGAUGUUCCCAUCUGUUCUUUCACUUCUUAAACCCAUUUCAUCUGUCAGGGGUGCUUGUUCUGUAUAGGACGUGUCCCAGCGGGUUUACAGUCUUGCAGUCGUCAUCUUGUCCUGGCCCAGAGAAGUCCCGUUUAUCACAUUAUGAAGAAACAGGAGAAUCAGUUGCAUUGACAGACAUGGAACAAAUGCUGUUUAAUAGGUUUCUUUUAGUGAUUACAUAU